CAUGGAGCCCCUCUUCCCCGCCCCACUCUGGGAGGUCCUCUACAGCAGCCACCUGCAGGACAACCUGUCCCUCGUGAGCCCCAAUCACAGCUUGCCGCCCCCCCACCUGCUGAUCAAUGCCAGCCACGGCGACUUCCUGUCCCUCGGGCUCAAGGUCACCAUCGUGGGGCUCUACCUGGCCGUGUGCAUUGGGGGGUUGCUGGGGAACUGCCUUGUCAUGUACGUCAUCCUCAGACACACCAAGAUGAAGACAGCUACCAAUAUUUACAUCUUUAACUUGGCCCUGGCAGACACCUUGGUGCUGCUGACACUGCCCUUCCAGGGCACAGAUGUCCUCUUGGGCUUCUGGCCAUUUGGGAAUGCCCUGUGCAAGACGGUCAUCGCCAUCGACUAUUACAACAUGUUCACCAGCACCUUCACACUGACUGCCAUGAGCGUGGACCGCUACGUAGCCAUCUGCCACCCCAUCCGCGCCCUUGAUGUCCGGACGUCCAGCAAGGCCCAGGCUGUCAACGUGGCCAUCUGGGCCAUGGCCUCUGUGGUGGGCGUUCCGGUUGCCAUCAUGGGCUCCGCCCAGGUCGAGGAUGAAGAGAUAGAGUGUCUAGUGGAGGUGCCCGCCCCGCAGGACUACUGGGGCCCCCUGUUUGCCGUGUGCAUCUUCCUCUUCUCCUUCGUCAUCCCGGUGCUCAUCAUCUCCGCCUGCUACAGCCUCAUGAUCCGCCGGCUGCGCGGCGUCCGCCUGCUCUCGGGCUCCCGCGAGAAGGACCGGAACCUGCGGCGCAUCACGCGGCUGGUGCUGGUGGUGGUGGCCGUGUUUGUGGGCUGCUGGACGCCGGUGCAGGUCUUCGUGCUGGUCCAGGGGCUGGGCGUCCAGCCGGGCAGUGAGACGGCCGUGGCGGUCCUGCGCUUCUGCACAGCCCUCGGCUACGUCAACAGCUGCCUGAACCCCAUCCUCUACGCCUUCCUGGACGAGAACUUCAAGGCCUGCUUCCGCAGGUUCUGCUGCGCGCCCGCCCUGCGCCGGGAGGCGCCGGCGUCGGACCGCGUGCGCAGCAUCGCCAGGGACGUGGCGCUCGCCCGCAAGACCUCCGAGACCGUGCCGCGGCCCGCAUGACUAGGCGUGGACCUGCCUAUGGGGCCUGUCAGCCCGCAGAGCCCGUCAACGCCCAACACGGAGCUCACCCAGGUCACCGCGCUCUAGGCUGACAGCUGCCCGAGCCCUGGGCGUCUCCAGCUGCAGAGGGCUUCUCUGUGGCCCCGAAGGCCUGGUGACAUGGGACAAGUCAGAGCAUUAGGGCUGCCU